AUGGUUAAGUUCAGCGGCCCUCUGCGGGAAAAGCUUUUCCGUAAGGCAGCGACGCGGGGUGACGCCCUGACCCUGGCGGAGGUGCGCGCCGUCGCGCGUGCUCACAAGGACGCCGGUGACCUGGCAGAGCAAAUGGCAGGCGGCGGAACGAGCCCGGCCGACAGCGGAGCUCGGGCGGAGGAAGCGCUGCCGAUGCAGGCACUGCGGCAGCGGCCGGCGUCGGGCCGACAGCCACCGCCGGGCCAGUGCUACCGCUGCGGGGAGGCAGGCCACUGGCGGCGAGACUGCCAAGUCGGGCAGCGGGGACCCCGCCUGUCCGAUCGGGACCGGCAGCGGAGCGGCCCAGCUGGACCGCGGGGGCCCCAGGCGGCCCGGCAGGACAGCAGCGGAAGGAGCAGCGGGGAUCGCCGACUGGCCGGACGAGGCACUACGGCGUCGGACAACGAGCCGCCGAUCCGGCGCUGUUUCAAGUGCGGCGACCCCGGCCAUCUCAAGAGAAACUGCCCGCUGCGGGGACAGGUGGCAUCCGUGGAGGAGGACGUCGUGUUGACAGUGGCACCGGCACAGUUGCGGCAGCGGGACCGGUUGCCGCUGGUGACGGUGUCAGUUAGCGGGAAGCUGCUACCGAUGCUGGUUAUACUGGAUCACCGGUAUCGAUCAUGA